UGAUACUCUGGCCCCGCCCACACUCUGCCUGCGUCACCAUCUGCCGCUGUCAAUCAAACGCAAGUUUGCUGCUGUCAAACACCGGCUCUUUUACCAUCAAUCAAUAAAUCAUAACUCGGCACGUAUACACGGAAUAAACGCUCAGGAUUCAUAAACCGACUUAUAUUCGAACCAUCUAUGCUUACUCGCGUUGAACUGAACCAACGUUAAAGUUUGUGUGUAACUUCAGCGAGUUAGCGAGCGGUUAGCAGGUACGUUAACAAACAACAACAAACCGACAUAAAGUAAGUUACCUCAGAUUAGAAGUGUUUGACUGCAAAAACAUGUCGACAUAAAGUUUAAAGUCACAGAUUAGACGUGUUUUACUGCGAGAAGCGUGUAGAAUGUGAGCGCUCAGCAGGUGAAUGUGCUGAGGCGGCGUCGCGGUUGAUCUCGCGCCUCGAAGCCGCCGGAGAAGCCGCAGGAUCGGGCUGCAGCUCUGCUGACUCUCGCGGAUCCGAGCUGUCUAAGGAUGUCUGCGUCGCUCUGUGUUUGGUAUCUUCUGGCCGUCUGGACGCUUCUCGCAGUGGCGUCUUCCUCUCAGAGGAACGGUCUGAAUGCUGUGGAUUUCUCCGAGAGGUUUGGAAACGCCCUGCCGUCCCUCAGUCGCCCGGCCAACGCCAGCAGGAUCUUCUACAGCAUCAUGUUUGACGCGGGCAGCACCGGCACACGCAUCCACGUCUACACCUUCAUCCAGAAAGAGCCGGACGGACUGCCGGUGCUGGAUAAUGAGAUGUUCCACUCGAUGAAGCCCGGUCUCUCUGCGUUCGCAGACAUCCCUGAGAUUGCCGGUCAUACGGUGCGUCAGCUGCUGCGUGUGGCGAAGAAGACGGUUCCUCCGGUGGAGUGGAAGAGAACGCCGGUGCUGUUCAGAGCCACGGCUGGACUGAGGCUGCUGCCGCCGGCUAAAGCUCACGCGCUUCUGGAGGAGGUGCAAGACGUCUUCGAUGAAUCUCCGUUUUACGUGCCUGCUGAUAGCGUCAGUAUCAUGAACGGCACGAAUGAAGGGAUUCUGGCCUGGGUCACAGUCAACUUCCUGACAGGUCGACUGCACAGAAACACACAGAAGACGGUAGGAAUCCUGGAUCUGGGCGGAGGAUCCACACAAAUCACCUUUCUGCCCAAAUCAAGGAAAACGGUUGAGAGCGCUCCAGCGGAUUACAUGGUGAGGUUCGACAUGUUCAGCAGCACUUAUGAGCUCUACACACACAGUUACCUUGGAAACGGAAUCAAAGCGGCACGUCUGUCAGCUCUGGGAGCGCUGGGUUCAGAGGGUCUGGAAAAGAAAGUUUUCCAAAGCUCCUGUUUGCCCAAAAAAUACACCGGUGAAUUCAGCUUCGGAGGAUUCAGUUAUCACGUCAGCGGAGUCACCGACGGUGUGACGGGCUUUAAAGCGUGUUCUCAGGAGCUGCUGAAGGUGCUGAAGGGCAUCAUUAAACAGCCUCACGAGCUGAAGGACAGCAGCACCUUCUACGCCUUCUCGUAUUACUUCGAUCACGCCGUGGAGGCCGGACUCAUCGAUGAGAGCAGAGGAGGAGCCGUGAAGAUCCGAGACUUCAAGAAAAGAGCCAAAGAGGUGUGUAACCGUCCGUCUGAACGCACUCAGCUCAAUCCCUUCCUCUGCAUGGAUCUCACAUACAUCGUCUGUCUGCUCAAAGACGGCUUCGGCUUUAAGGAAAGCACCGUCCUGCAGCUGACUAAGAAGGUGAGGAACGUGGAGACCAGCUGGGCUUUGGGAGCUGCUAUCUACCACUCCCAGAAGUUCAGGAUCCAUUAAAGAGCUUCAUCAGAGAAAGAAACGCUUCAUGUGUGAUGCGUGUUUGGAGCUUCCUGAGAUGAGCGCAGAUCUGCAGA